AUGGCUAAGAUGUCGCAGAAAAGCCUCAAGAACAAUACUUGUGCUAACACCAACAAAAGUAGCACAACCACGUCGAAGGUGAAGCGUGCACGCAAAAGCAUCCCAAGAGACACCCCUUCACAACGAAGCUCAAUCUAUCGUGGUGUUACCAGGCAUCGAUGGACAGGUCGAUAUGAGGCUCAUUUGUGGGAUAAGAAUUGCUGGAAUGAAUCGCAGAGCAAGAAAGGAAGACAAGUAUAUUUAGGGGCAUAUGAUGAUGAAGAUGCCGCAGCACGUGCCUAUGACUUGGCAGCAUUGAAGUACUGGGGCCAAGACACCAUCCUCAAUUUCCCUUUAUCGAAUUAUCAAGAUGAGCUCAAGGAGAUGAAGGAUCAAUCAAAAGAAGAAUAUAUUGGAUCCUUAAGAAGAAAAAGUAGCGGGUUCUCUCGAGGAGUCUCAAAAUAUAGAGGCGUGGCAAGACACCACCACAAUGGAAGAUGGGAAGCUCGAAUUGGCAGAGUCUUCGGCAACAAAUAUCUAUACCUUGGAACUUAUGCUACACAAGAAGAAGCAGCAGUGGCAUAUGAUAUGGCAGCCAUAGAAUACCGUGGACUUAAUGCGGUUACAAACUUUGACCUUAGUCGUUAUAUCAAAUGGCUACGUCCUAAGACCCGAGACCAAGAAAACAAUGAAAACCAUAGCGACACUCAACAAUGUCCAAACACAAAUCCUGAACUUGAACUAGGGUUUGUUUCCCACGAACUCAGCACUACCACUGGUGAGACCACAAAUGAAGCUACAAAACAAUCUAGUAAUGGGACAGGAACAUCUUCUUCUGCAUUGGGGCUUCUUUUGCAGUCAUCAAAAUUCAAAGAAAUGCUAGAAAGGACUUCAGCUUCAGAUUACCCUCCACCGCCUUCAGAGUCAAACCCUCCUCGUCGUACAUUCCCAGAAGAUAUUCAAACAUUUUUUGAAAGUCAAGAUUCUGGAAGCUACGCUGACAAUGAUGACAUUAUAUUUGGCGAGUUGACCUCAAUUGCUGCUCCAAUUUUUCAUUGUGAGCUUAAUGCUUAG